ACUUUGACGAGUGUUCAACAUGGGGAUUCUGCGACCAGGGAUGUGUCAACACAAUUGGUUCCUACACCUGCAGCUGUGACGCCGGCUACACCCUCUCCCCCGACAACGUCUGUACAGCCAACGAUGGUGACACGAUGAAUCUUGUUUUGUCGACGGGCAAAAGCGUCGUUACGAUGAAUCGCGAUGGCCAGAACGUGGUGGAGCGUAUGACGGCGUCCGUGUCAGACCUAGACGUCAGUGUACACAAUAACCUCAUCUUCUACAUUAACUCCACGGACAAGAAGGUAUACCAGGUGAACAUCAAUGGCAAUUCAGGUCGGCGACGGCUUCCGACGCUCGGCGUGUCCAACCCUCAAGCCAUCGCCUACGACUGGAUAGGCAACAACCUCUACCUGGCCGAGAGGGACGGCGCCAGGAUUGAUCUAUUUUCACUCAGCAACGACAAGCAACGUAACAUCAUAUCAAAUGAGCUCAAGUGGCCAGCAUCAAUUGCCCUUGAUCCACUGAAAGGGUACAUGUUUUUUACAGACAUGGGCACCUCGGAAACUCCCAAUUCCGCCAAGAUAGAGCGAGCAUACAUGGACGGCAGUCACAGAAUGGUGUUCCACCUGACGAAGAUCCUGGCUCCUCGCACCCUCGCGGUCGACAUCGCUGCUGAGCGAGUAUACUGGAUAGACACUCAUCUGGACCAUCUGGAUACUGUAGACUACACUGGACUGAACAGGUAUACAGUAAUACGAGGUGGGUUAAACAUCCCAGCCGGAUCCAGCCUGGCCGUGUUUGAGAACCAGGUUUACUGGUCUGACAUCACCAAGAUGGGGCUGCUUCACACCAGCAAGUCUAACGGGGAGAAGACUAUUAAACAGAUUUACAAGGAGGUUGGUGUCAAGCCUACCUGCGUCAAGAUCUUCCACCAAUCCGUGCAGCCGAUCCAGAAACGUGCCAACCCUUGCGCAUCUGGACCUUGCAGCCACAUCUGCGUCGUCACCCACACCACCGACAACGCCGACCUCGGUUACCGAUGCAUGUGUAAUGCAGGCUUUACGUUGGAGAAGAACCGGGUCAACUGCACAAAGGUGACCCAGUUUAUUCUGUUCGCCUCCAUGCAAUCGGUACGUGGAAUCCCCCUUGAAGAACCCACAUCUUACGCCACGGACAACAUUCCACAAAUCACUGGCCACCGUCGAGGUCGAAUGGGCAUGAACUACGUGGCUGUCGACUAUGACGCCGAGAAUGAAACUGUGUACUUCUCCGACGUUCGUAACAGGGUCAUAUACCAGGCACAGGUCGGCCAGGCAGAGGCCACCCCGCUCGUGGUCAACCAUAUACGUUCUGUGGAGGGGAUGUCCAUUGACUGGAUCGCCAAGAAUCUCUACUACACCGACUACGCCCGUAGCUCCAUCUCCGUCGUCAGACUGCGCAACCCCGGCGACCGCAGGGACAUCAUCGAGGGCCUCGGCAACCCCCGUUCUGUUGUCGUUCAUCCAUUAAAGGGGUGGCUGUUUUUCACGGACUGGUUACGGAACUCAAUGCAGACACCCUACAUUGCUAGGGCCUACAGUGACGGCAGCAACGUCACCAAGAUUCGAGAACAUGAGCUUGGCUGGCCCAACGGCCUCUGUAUAGACUUCGCCGCCAACAGGCUGUACUGGGUGGACGCCUUCUUUGACAGAAUUCAGCACUCCGACUUCUCUGGCAAAGAUCUUCAGACACUUACUGGGCACUCGAUCACUCACCCAUUCGGAAUAGCCAUAUAUAAAGAUUACAUAUACUACACCGACUGGCGCCUGGAAGCUAUUGUCAGGAUCAACAAACGUGGGGGCCAGGAAACCAAGAUCCGCUCCGGGGUGGGUAAACUGAUGGGCAUCCGAGUGUACGACCACGACCUCCAACCAGCCUCCAGUCAGAACCCAUGCAUCAGAAGGAACGGAGACUGCUCCCACUUCUGUUUCCCUGUGCCUUUAUCGGGAGGUCUUGUGAGGGUGGGGCGCCACUGCGACUGUCCAUAUGGAAUGAAGCUUAGUGCCAACCAGCGCACCUGCUCCAUCAACCCAGACGAGCCAAACCCCACCAGCUGCCAACCGGGGUUGUUCCAGUGCGCCAACGGCCGCUGUAUCCCCCGGGGAUACAAAUGUGACGGGGACAACGACUGUCUGGAUAACUCGGAUGAACAAGACUGCCCAGUUGAGACCACCUGCCCCUCCAACCGUUUCCGUUGUGACAACGGCCGCUGCAUCAGCCGAGUGUGGGCCUGCGACGGCGACAACGACUGCGGUGAUAUGUCUGACGAAAUGAAUUGUCCGGACAAAACUUGCAACCCCCUGGAGUUCCACUGUAACAACUCGCUGUGUAUCUCAAGCCGGCUUGUGUGCGACACCGACAACGACUGUGGGGACGGCUCAGACGAGGGAAAUUUUUGUGGUACACAUACCUGCCCCGUUGGAUACUUCAAGUGUAAUGACAAACGGUGCAUCCCGGAGUCGCGUGUCUGCAAUGGUGGCAACGACUGCUUCGACGGCAGCGACGAAGUUGGCUGCCCUCCCCUCAACUGCACGGGGUCAAGGUGGACGUGCAAGACGAUCCGCCAGUGUGUCCUCAGGAAAUACCGAUGUGACGGUGUGGCGGACUGUCAGGACGAGAGUGAUGAACACGACUGUCCCACACGACCACCAGAAGGAUGUCACUCUGACGAGCUUAAGUGUGGAGUGGGCGGCUGUAUCCCCAACAAAUGGAAGUGUGAUGGACAGGAGGACUGCGAGGAUGGCACAGACGAACCCGACUCGUGUCCAACACCAACCUGUUUCGCCAACCGGUUCCGCUGUAACAACGGACGGUGUAUCUUCAAGGGCUGGGUCUGUGACGGCGACGACGACUGCGGUGACAACUCAGAUGAAGAUCAAGACAUGACAUGUCCUCCACCCCCUUUCUCGUGCCCGGGUCAGUGGGAGUGUCCAGGGAAUGUCCGCAAGUGUAUCAAUGUGUCCCAAGUGUGUGAUAAACGUGAGGACUGCCCUGGUGGACACGAUGAGAGCCCUGUCUGUAAUUCUGAUAGCUGUCGCUUCAAGAACGGCGGAUGUAGUCACCGGUGUAUCCAGACGCCCCGGGGGGCGGAGUGCAGGUGCCUCAGCGGUCAGCAGCUUAAUGGAACCAAAACCUGUAUAGACAAGGACGAGUGUGCCGUACCGGGAGCAUGUAGUCAGCAGUGCACGAACACCAAGGGAUCGUUCAAGUGCUCUUGCGGACCCUACUACGACCUGAUGCCCGACAGAGUCCACUGCCAGGCCAACCGAAAUUCCAGCCUCCUCUACAUCAUGGUAGCGACCCAGAAGACUCUGGUCAGGUCCACGCUCAAUGCCAAGUUGUACAGUGACCUCCCGGUGUCUGGACUCAGAUCCCUCUCGGGCCUGGACAUUGAUGUAUGGAAUGGCUAUAUCUACUUCUCCGACACUGGACUCAAGAAGAUUUUCAGGACCACCUAUAAUGGAACAAAUCUAACUGAGAUCGUGACAACGGGUAUCGACGUUGUGGAGGACAUAGCUGUGGACUGGGUGGCGGGGAACCUGUACUGGACGGACUACAGGAUGGAGACGGUGGAGGUGUCCCGGGUGGAUGGCACAAACAGGGUCGUGCUCUUCAGCGAGAACAUCACCAACCCCCGCGGCAUAGAGGUCGACCCCAGAGACGGAAUCCGGCUUCUGUUCUGGGCCGACUGGGGACAAAACCCAAGCAUUCAGCGGUCUGGUCUGGACGGCAGCAACCGCGAGGUGAUCGUCUCCACCAACAUCUACUGGCCCAACGCGCUCUCACUAGAUUACCCCAACAAGCAAAUCUACUUCGCAGACGCCCGAAUGGACUUCAUCGACGUGUGUAAUUACGACGGUUCAGAAAGGAGGAAAGUGUUCUCCAAUGACCACUUUCUACGACAUCCCCACGCCCUCACCAUCCUUGAAGACUGGAUCUUCUGGACAGAUCGAGCAGCCAGUCGCGUCUCACGCUGCAACAAGUUCGACUGUUCCAACAGAACCGUGGAAGCCGCCAGCCUCAACCGACCUCUAGGCAUCGUGUCGUAUCAUCAGUCUCGCCAGCCCAAGCUCGUUGGCUUCCCACCGGCUGUGAAAGCAGUAACCAACCCGUGUGCCAACCAUCCCUGCAGCCACCUGUGUCUCCUGUCCCCCAACCCCAACCCUGGGUACACCUGCACCUGCCCUGUCGAUAUGAAGCUGGACGCAUCCAAUACCAACUGUGUGGAAGCCCAUGAGAAUGUUCUUCUGUACAUGACCAACACCCAGCUCGCAGGAAUAAACCUUGCAGAGAAAGAGGACGCGGCAUUUGUACCCAUCAGUGCCAUUGCUAGCGGCCUGGACUUCGACUACGACAGCGAAGACAAAUUUAUCUACUAUGUUCAGUCAAAGGUGGGUAGUAUUAAUCGUAUCGGCCUUAACGGUAUGAACGAGUCGACGUUUGUCCCAGCUGCUGUGGAGGGCUACCCCAACGCCAUAGCGGUCGACUGGAUCUCCCGCAACCUGUACUGGGCUAACAUGGCGGCCGGAUACAUCGAGGUGAUGAAGAUUGACGGCGACAAGCACUUCCGGAAGAUCAUCCUCAGCAAUACCGGCAAGGCCACAGACUGUGCCAGACCCUUCUCUCUGGCCGCGGAUCCUAUACAGGGCAAGCUGUACUGGUCAGAUCAAGGCACUGACGGGAUACAGAUGAAGAUUGCAGUGAUGAACAUGGACGGCUCUAACCCCACCAUCCUCGUCAACAGUGGUCUCCGGAAGCCAGAGUACCUGGCCCUAGAUGUUAAGAAUGACAUGCUGUACUGGUCGGAUCCUUUCUACCAGAGGAUAAGCCGCCACUCGCUGAGGAGCGGAUCUCGGUCCCAAGCAGUGGAGAACCUGGGCCAUCCAAGCGGCCUUGCAGUGUAUAACAACAUCCUCUACUUCGCCGACACCGCCUACGAGAGGAUCUACUCCGCCCCAUCUGUCCGACCUCAACAACCCUCAGGCCCUCCGCAACAACCUGGAGUCUCUUGGAGCAGUACGGGUUUACCAUGAAGGCAUAGUAAAGGUGGUCACACAGGUUGUAAGACCAACUACGGCAACUGUGAGCAGCUUUGUCUCCCCAGCGGGCCAGCAGGACAGGCAGUAUGUCAGUGCUCAACCGGCUUCAUCAGGCAGGACAAUGGAUCCUGCACCAGUGUAGAGUCCUUCGUCGUUGUGUCCCAGUAUAGCAGGAUACGAGGAUUUGGUCUGACGGGAGGCGACCACGGCGAGACCAUGAUGCCUAUAGCCGGAUCAGGCCGUGCAGCAAGUCAGAUUGAUGUGUACAUGGCAGGUAAGUACAUCUACUGGGCAGACGCAGCACCACCUGGCAAGACCAGCUCCAAACGAGGUGGUGUCAGGCGGAUGAAACCAGACGGAACUGGAAUGGAGGACGUCAUCAAUUCCGGAAUUGGCACUGGAGGAAUCCAUGGUGUUUCGGUGGACUGGAUUGCCCAGAACAUAUACUUCACGAACGCUUUUGCUGUUGAAACCUUCAUCGAAGUAUCUCGACUUAACGGUUCCCACCGACGAGUCAUCGUCAAAUCUCAGCAUGGAUCUCCCAGAGCUAUUGCUGUGAACCCCAUCAAGAGGUAUCUAUACUGGGCAGACUAUGGCCAGCAACCUAAGAUAGAACGCUCUAGACUGGACGGCAGCAACAGAACCGCCAUCGUGACCAACGGCAUCAGCUUCCCCCGCGACCUAGCCAUCGACUACAAGACUCACAAUCUGUACUGGGUAGACUCCAUGAUAGACGCCAUACAGAGUGUUUCCUUCAGCGGAGGAAAUAGACGAACUGUACGUCUGAAUCUCCCCAACCCAUAUGGCCUGGCCUUGUACGGAAACUAUAUCUACUGGGUGGACAAAAACCUAAAAGAGCUGUACAGAAUAUCCAAAACCAGCGACCAGUCGCAGAAGCCGGAAGUCAUCAAGUCCAGUUUGCUGAAUGUACGAGAUGUCGCCAUAUUUGACAAAUCUAGCCAGCCAGGUGGAACCAGUCCGUGUACUAACAACAAUGGCGGCUGUCAACAGCUGUGUUUCUCCAUGCCAGGGGAGACCACUCCCGUAUGUUCCUGCUCAGCCGGGCAGCUUGCUGCAGAUGGGAGGACAUGUGAAGCUUUGACCGAGUUCCUCAUCCUGGCUGCGGAGACUGAGAUCCGCGGCUUGUCCCUGAACCCCGAUGACGGCACCCUCCCCAUCCCCACCAUCACCGGGCUGAAGGGGGCGGUGGCUGUCGACUUCGACGUCAAUGACAACUACAUCUACUUCAGCCAGGUCGGGGAGAAGAAGAUCAGCAGAGUGAUGAAAGGAGAGACUGUUGUGGAGGAUCUUGUAGCCAAGUCCAACUUAUCGGAGUUUGGGCCUACAAAUGACAUCACCUCUGUUGAGGGAAUAGCAUUUGACUGGGUGUCCAAGAAGAUCUACUGGGCAGAUCUGUUCAAGAGUAAGAUCUACAGCAUGAACCUCGACCACAGCAACAAGGUGGCGCUAGCAUCUGUCAGCAGCCCUCGGGCUCUAGCCAUCGAUCCCUGCCGCGGAUACCUGUACUGGUCGGACUGGGGUCGGAGCCCAAAGAUCGAGCGUGCAACGAUGGCAGGGAACCAGCGUACCUCCAUCGUCACCACGGAUCUUGGCUGGCCCAACGGCCUCGCCAUAGACUACGAGCAGCAGAUGAUAUACUGGGCAGAUGCCAUGAAAGACAGGAUUGAAAGAGCCAAUACUGAUGGAAAUUAUCGUGAAGUCGUGAUAGAGACCACAGUGCAUCCAUUCUCGAUGAGCAUAUUUCGGGAUCACAUCUACUGGACAGAUUGGACCUUGCGCGGUGUGUUCCGAGCCAACAAGUUCACGGGGUCCAACAUGCAGGUGAUAAUCCAGGGUCUCUCCACACGGCCUAUGGGACUAACUGUGUAUGCAGCAGACAGACAGAAAUGUAACACCAACCCUUGCGACGUCUUCAACGGUGGCUGCAGUCACAGCUGUCAUCCGGCCCCUGGCGGCAAGGCCGAGUGUGCUUGUAACGACGGCCUUGACCUUAAAGUCGGAAAUGGAGGAAAGAUGUGCGUUCCAAAAAGCAACAAUUGUUCCGAAAACGAGUUUGUCUGUGAAAAUGGACGUUGUUUGAUUCAGCGCUGGGUGUGCGACAUGGACAACGACUGUCAGGAUAAGUCAGAUGAAGAUCCCAACUUGUGUGCUCUUCACACAUGUGACCCAACAUACUUCCGGUGUAACAACGGCAGAUGCAUCCCUCUCAGGUACCGAUGCGACUUUGACAACGACUGCAGAGACAACUCUGAUGAACUUGACUGCCCCUACCCCACUUGUGGCACUGAGGAAUUCAGCUGCCAGAACUCUCGGUGCAUUAGCCUAGCCCAGAAGUGCGACGGCGUCGACAACUGCAGGGACGGCAAUAAAACAGACGAGGCUGAUUGUCCUCCGCGUUCCUGCCCAUCCGGUCAAGUGAAGUGUCCCACCACCAACAUCUGCAUCGUCCGACGAUACAUGUGUGACGGCGACAACGACUGCGGCGACAACUCGGACGAGAACCCUCUCUUCUGUCAGCAGGUUACAUGCUCUUCUGGAGACUUCUACUGCGACAAGUCCCACAAGUGUAUACCGGGCACUUGGCAUUGCGACGGGGACGAUGACUGCGGCUUCGGAGAGGAUGAAUCCGACUACUGCAAUUACAGCAACCGGACAUGUUUCGGCAACCAGUUCACGUGUGACAACGGUCGUUGUAUCUCCAUGAGAUGGGUGUGCGACGGCGCCGACGACUGCGGAGAUAAGUCAGACGAGGCAGGAACUCUCAACUGUUCUGAGCGUACCUGCCCUCCCGACACAUUUACGUGCGAGUCUAACAAACAGGUUGGCACAUACCCAUGUCUUGAUCGGAGGCGCGUCUGUGAUGGCAUCCGCAACUGUCAUGGCGGCGAGGACGAGGCCCAGACGUGCCCGCCGCGGUCAUGUCGACCGACCCAGUUUCAGUGCGCCAACGGGUUGUGCGUGUCCCAGAGGUUCAAGUGUGACCACGACAACGACUGUGGAGACAACUCCGACGAGCCCGACGACUGCGACUACUCAACAUGCAGUGGUAACCAGUUCACCUGCGACAACCAGCGUUGUGUGCCGCACAGGUGGGUCUGCGACGGCGAUAACGACUGCCGAGACAGCUCCGACGAGAAGGAAGACCUGUGUUUGACACCAGAGCCAACGUGUCCCGGCAAUCAGUUCCGGUGUGAGAACGGCAACUGUAUCAACUAUCAACACGUGUGUAAUAAGAACCCCGACUGCAGCGACAACUCGGAUGAGUCACACUGCAAUAUCGACGAGUGUGUGGAGCAGCCGGGCGCCUGCAGUCAGCUGUGUGAGAACACACUGGGCAGCUACAUCUGCAAGUGUGCUGAAGGCUACCAGAAACUGGCCGACGGCAGGACCUGCAAGAAGACCGACAAUAUUACACCUUGGCUGAUAUUUGCCAACCGCUACUACAUCCGGGAAUUGUCAAUAGAGGGAGACAACUACCGACGGGUCACACAGGGUUACCAGAACAUAGUUGCUCUUGAUUUCGACUACAGCGAUGAUCGUCUCUACUUUUCCGAUGUCAAGGAACAUAGAAUCUACCGCAUGUACCUCAACGGCACAGGUCCUGAAGUAGUACUGAGGCAUAACGUUCCCAGUGCAGAAGGAAUAGCGAUUGACUGGAUCGGAAGGAAAAUCUACUGGUUGGACGGGAAGAAUAUAGAGAUCUCCGUGUCAGAGUUGAACGGCACAAACCGGCGUACACUUCUAAAGAGAGGCAUGGAACGUCCCAGGGCCAUGGUUGUGGAUCCAUUUGGCGGGUACAUGUACUGGACUGACUGGGGCGCGAAGCCCUACAUCGGCCGGAUGGGUCUGGAUGGCACGAAUCUCUCCCUCAGCUACAUCACGGAGAAGAUGGGCUGGCCUAACGCCAUCGCCAUCGACUACGACAUGAACAGACUGUGGUGGGCCGACGCUCACUUAGAUAUCAUAGAGUCCAUCAACCUAGACGGCACGAACCGACAUACGGUAAUAGAAGGGGUACCCCACCCGUUCGCAAUGACCAUCUUUGAGGAGACUAUGUACUGGACAGACUGGAACCAUCUCACCAUCGAAUAUGCCAACAAGUUGACGGGCGCCAACCACACGGUGAUGCGGAAUAUCACACAUCGGCCUAUGGACAUCCAUAUAUACCACCCCCUCAGGCAGAAAGAAGCUCCAAACCCCUGUGGUUCAGACAAUGGCGGCUGUUCCCAUCUGUGUCUGAUAGCGCCCGGCGGAAGUGAUUACACCUGCGCAUGCCCAGACGACUUCCUGUUAUCACAGGACGGUAAGACAUGUGUGGCCAACUGUAGCAGCGCCCAGUUUCGGUGCGGGGCGACCGACGACCGCUGUGUGCCUCUGCUGUGGAAGUGUGAUGGGGAGGAGGACUGUAAGGAUGGAGCGGACGAACCAGAGGACUGUCCGGUUAGCCACUGUCCAGUUGGCCAGUUCCAGUGCAAGAACCUGAACUGCACCUACUCCUUCAGAGUAUGUGACCUUCACGACGACUGCGGUGACGGCUCUGACGAAGAAAACUGUAACAGCCGGCUUUGUGAAACAUGGCAGUUGAAGUGCGGCAACAACAAGUGCAUCCCGCGACGCUGGGGCUGUGACGGAGAUGACGAUUGCGGCGACGGCUCCGAUGAAGCUUCGUGUGGAAAUCAUACAUGUGGGACGAACCAAUUCCAGUGUGACAACGGACGGUGCAUUCCGUCGUCCUGGCAAUGCGACUACGACGACGACUGUGGCGACAACUCUGACGAAAAGAAGGAAUUCCUUUGUGAGAAUCGUGCGUGUCCAAUCGGAUGGUGGAGGUGCAAGACCAACUAUCGCUGCGUGCCCAACGUCGCUCGUUGCGACGGCGACGACGACUGCCGGGACAACUCCGACGAGCUUGAGGAGAAUUGUCCAGUGUGCCAUCCAACUGGCGACUACCAGUGUAAAAACAAACGUUGUAUACCUAAGCGUUGGUUGUGCGACUUUGACAACGAUUGUGGAGAUAACUCUGAUGAAGGCAGCGAAAACUGUGAGAGCAAAUACAGGAAGUGUUCCGAGUCCGAGUUCCGGUGUGACAACAAGAAGUGCGUGCAGGGACAGUGGAAGUGUGACCAUGACAACGACUGUGGGGAUGGAUCAGACGAGGACCCAAAGAUAUGCACAGAUACUCACGUGUGCGCGGACAACCAGUUCACGUGCACAGAUGGGUACUGCGCGAGCCUGGAGACGGUGUGUGACGGACGCCGGGACUGCAAAGACACCUCCGACGAGCUCAACUGCACCGCCAGGUUCCCCAGUGGCCGCUACUGCCCUGACAACAAGUUCCAGUGUAGCAACCAUAUAUGCAUCCCUACAAACUGGCAGUGCGAUGGAGACGACGAUUGUGGUGACAACAGCGACGAGAUUGCGGAAGUCUGUAAAAACAUGGAGUGUUCUGAUGACAAGUUCCGAUGCGACAAUUUCAAGUGUAUUCCAAGAUGGCGGCUGUGCGAUGGCGUAAACAACUGCGGGGACCAGUCGGACGAAAGGUCGAAUAUGUGUACUGUAAAGACAACCAUCUGUGCAUCCAAUCAGUUCAAGUGUCGCAAUUCCAAAUGCCUGGACGCUGAUAAGGUCUGUGACAACGUGGACGACUGUGGCGAUGUCUCAGAUGAGGAAGGAUGUCACAAGGACGUGGGUGUCAGGGACUGCUCAACUUCCAACGGCGGCUGCGAACACAACUGCACCAACUUGUCCGAGGGAGGCUACUUCUGUAGCUGCCGCAAAGGCUACAAGAUCGCUGCCUACGACAGGAAGACGUGCGAAGAUAUUGACGAGUGCGCCGGGUGGGGCAACAGUUGUCCACAGCUUUGCCAGAACAUCAAGGGCACCCACAAAUGUCAAUGUGCUGAUGGUUUCGUCGACACCAACAGAAAAGGCACCCUGUGCAAGUCCAAAGAAAGAAACGCUGUCCUGCUGUUUGCCAUGGGUUCUGAGAUCCGCCAGUACCGCACUAGCACCAAGGAGUACACUGACGCGGUGGUGGCUGGACAACGGGUCCAUGCACUAGACGUGGACCCCGCCUGGAAGCUCCUGUACUGGACCGACACGUCACAACGUAGCAUACGGCGGGCAGCAAUGCCCAAAGAGGCCACGAUGCAGGGGUUCGCUCAGAGCUUGAAAAUAUCCGGACUACAACAACCAGAGGGUCUGGCAGUGGAUUGGGUAACAAAGAACAUCUUCUGGACGGACUCCGUUAAGAAGACUGUGUCAGUUGCCAAAUCUGAUGGCAGAUACCAGAGGACCAUUAUCAGCAAGAACCUUCACAGCCCAUCGGCAAUUGCUGUGAAUCCAAGGCUCGGGUUUCUCUACUGGACAGAUGUAAGUGGAACCCACCCCAAGAUCGAACGUGCAUGGACAACUGGUGACAAGCGGUCCGUUCUGGUUUCAACCAAACUCGGCCGGCCUACCAGUAUUACAAUCGACUUCUUCAUGGGCGACCGUGUGUACUGGUGUGACGCGAAGGAGAACGUCAUUGAGUCCAUGAAACCAGACGGUUCGGACAGGGCAGUGGUCACAGCAAAGAAUCUGUUGCAUCCCGUGAGUCUGGACGUGUUUGAAGGUCGCCUCUUUGUUGUUGUUCAGCAACUGGGUCAGAUCAUCUCCAUGGACAAGCUUGGUCUAGGGGACAACAGGACCCUUCAGACCGGACUGGUGCUGCCCACAGGCAUCAAGAUAUACCACUACAACAGAUAUGACCUCACAAUAAAGAACGCGUGCGCAAAAGCCACGUGCAGCCACCUAUGUCUCUCCGUGCCUGACGGGUUCCGUUGUGCCUGUCCUGAUGGCACCAACUUUGCUGAUCCAAGUGAAACAAUAUGUGAUGCGGCUGAAGAAGUCGAGAUCCCCAUUCCCGAAGGCUGCAAGUGUCGGAACGCAGGAACCUGUGUGAAAGUCGCUGACAACGACACCUACAGCUGCGACUGUAUAGCAGGGUUUUAUGGACAAUAUUGCGAAAAUAUACAACCACAGCAUCUUUCCCAGGAUGAUACAAGCACAGCUGCCAUUGUAGUGCCGAUAGUGCUGGUGUUUGCCAUCAUUGUUCUCGUGGUCGUCAUACUAUUGGUAGUACGAAGGAAAGGAUAUGGUUUUAACUUUAAAAAGAUCCUGUCUAAGACGCCGUCGUCCGACCCUGAGAACAAACCCCAGGGCGUGGUGUCCUACCACGAUGGGAAGUUAGGGAUGCCGGGAAUAACGUACGACCUUCCCGGCGCCACGGGCUUGAAUGCUGAGUCGUCAACAGACCCCAUCUCGAGUAUAAACGACCCUACCUCUCCGACCAACUUUUGUAACCCCAUGUAUGACAGCCUACACGUCCAGGAGUCGAUAUCCAUACCACACUCAUCUCUUGAACCACCCAAACAAGCGUCGGAUGUCAUUGACGCCUUUCAUUCCGACAAAAAACAUUAUAACGGAAGUGCCGACAACCGGCCCCCUCCCCGGGCGUUAGACCCAACGGAAGACGUGGAACAUGACACGGCCGGACUUGUUACCCAGGGGGACCUAGAGUGACCCCCACCUUCUAGGCAGAUAGACAGAGGUACCGUUGAGAAACGUCACACCUUCCAAGGAACAUGGAGGAGAUAUGGAGAUUUGAAAGAGCAUGUCUAGGAGAGAGUGAGUGAGUGAAUAAUUAGCGUCGCAUCGGCAAUAUGUCAGCCAAAAAACGACGUGGUCAAAUUAUACGUACCAGACACAUUAAGACAGCCUUAAACAUACACAGUAAAUAUACCACUCGAACACCCGAUUCUUACGUUGUACUAUAGUUCAUCUCAUAUAGCAUAUAGCAGAUUAACUGUAGAAAUAUUAAAACAAUCUGGUGUUCUUGUGAGUAAUAUAUAUACCCGUGAUAAAGGUAUUUUACCAUGCAAGGGGGUGGUUAGUACAUGUUUUCACAAAGACUUACAGCUUCAACUUGAUUGUAAUAAAUAUGGUAAAACUGUAUGUACACUGAGUUACGUAUUUGCAAUGGUGGUGUGAUGUGUCUUUGUGAUUAGUGGUCAUGAUGAUGUAAGUUCCUGAAGUUCUAACACCAGUGCCUUCAAAUGUUAGUAGGACAGUUCCGUAGACACGGAGGAGGCUGCAUAAUCUUGUACAGAUGACAGGCUGUUUUUCUCAUUUAAAAGUAGCUUGAGAUAAAGAAGUCAACAAAUGUUCUGUUGGACUGCAGCAUUAUGUUAAAGAUUCACGUCAGGUAUUAUUGUACCAUGACACAGACAUCGUGAAUGGUUAUAGGUUAGAUUGUAUAUAAGCAUCCAAAUUCUAAUCCCAGACACGGAAGUGACCCCAUGCAAGUACAAAGUUUACAGGGGCUGGCCUAUAAGAUGGUGUGUUAGUGUGAAGGACAUCAGCAUGCUACAUGUGACAAUGUGAUUGUAGGUUACUGCAACAAAGUUACUAAUAUGACAUUGAUUAGACACCUGUCCAAGCCCUACAGGAUACUAGAUACAUGUGGGUUGUUUUUGUGUGUGUCAGUUUUGAGACUAGUCAUUAUAUAAUGCUUUUAAUGUAACAAGUCAAUGUUAUAAUUGGGUUUACUUCAGAUUGCCGUAUAGUAUCACCAUGUGCCUGUGACUGCAUAAUUCCAAUGUCCAUUCUUCUCCAUGGACCAAUCACGUUUGCAUAACUGUAUCACCACAGCUCACUAGUCUUAGUGACUUGUGUAACUAUGGAUGCAAGGUGGCAGUAUCGUUACAUAUAUAUAUACAAACCAUGACAUCAUGUGCGUCUUCAUCAUUGUCCAAACCACAUGGCUGGUACAAGACGUGUAACCCUCAGAAUAGAGGGUUUUCCAUUUCACCAAUUUUAUCAAAAUUAUAAAUGAGUGUAGAUUCAUUAUUUUGAAAAAUCAAGUUGAUUUAGGAAUAAGCUGCUGAAUAAGCAGUAUUUCUUUACAGACAUGAAACUUAUCAUGAAUGGUCAGUUACAGAUUUCCAGUGAAGCGUAUAUUGGCGAAGAUGUCACAUAAUCAGAGACCAGAUUUUAACAAGUAUUCUGUGUAAAUAAACCAAGUCCAAAUCAUGAACUCAGCUAGUUCAGUUUAAUACAGCUUCGAACUGCAUUGCAGGCAUAUAAAGCAUGACAGCUUCAGGUCAGAGGAAAGCCCCAAGUGAUGCAGGUCUCAGACCUCACCACCCUAGUGGCCUGCCCUGACAAUACAAUCCAUCCCUUUUGGUUGUGUGGUUAACAUAUACAUAUCAGGAAGUCAACCAUCACAGGUUUUACGUGUCCAUGUAGCUAAAUCUCCAACAGCUUCAUAUGCCUAACCGCAUUUCCUGAUAUACAGCUGGUUAGAUAGAUAAUGUACUGAAAGACGAAAGCAUCUCGUAAUACAGUAUAUCUCAGACAUGGUCUGUCCAUCAGUAACAUGCAAAAUUGAAAAAAUAUAUACAAAUCCACUGAGAAUGUUUCUCUUCACUUGACUAUCAUCGUAAGUGUUGUAACUGACUGUAACACCGGCAUCGUGUUUGUAAGAAAUUCUACGUUUCCUAUGCUUUAUUGGACGUUGUAGAGUUGCCACUUGUAUUAGCCUACCUACAGAAGAGGGAGGGUUAUGCCCUUUUCAUCACCGCUCUUUGUAUCAUGCACCAUUCACAACAAUCUCCAAAUUGAAGUGUUUAGGCUGCAUUAUUUGUUUUCCGUCAUUAAGGUUUUGAAAUACAUAGUUUCAUUGUCAAGAUGUCUUCCAAAAAAUAAUGCCAAUGCAAUUUCUUGAUGUAUUUCCUUAUGUGUACGAACUUGUAAAAUAUGUUGACUUGUAUAGCCAGAGAUGUUGUUGUAUUUUUACAUGCUUAAAGGUUCACAAGAAAUAUGUCCACUGAAUACAUUUCUGAUGAGUGUUAUUUCAGGGUAUGAUAUAAAUAAUGUCCAUGACUGUAAAUAAUUGUUUUAAGUGUUGGAAUAAAUAUACACCAGCA